AUGGCAGUGGGCAGCAAACUUGCCACCUAUUCCGACAGGAAGGAGGCUCGUGACAAAGUUGUUCAUGUCAAAAACGUAUAUCUUAGAUUUGCCCUUGAAAAGCAAAUGCUGUAUUGUCCGAGUGUCAGCACGUGUACACUGAGUACCUCUAUAACGUCUGCGUCCUCGUGCUGCACUCCUUGUAGUUGUGAUGAAAAUUCGGCGCCAUUAGAGCAAUGUCCAGACUACAGAGGAAAGGAUACAAGACUCGCUUGUUUACACCCACAAUAUAGCAACAGCCAGGACAAGACAAAGAGAAGUAGAGAAAGUUAUUUAAUGAUAAAUCGGUGUCCUACCGACUAUAAAGACCCAUCCAUUGAACAGCUUUGUGUUAGAGGACAAACGAUACACCCGUACAACAUAUCAAUGGUGUUGCCAGUAACGGAUGUCACCAAUAAAGUCACAUAUAGAAACAUUUUCUGCGCUGAGUGUAAUUCUCGAUCAGAGCGAGAUCUUGUAGCCUGGUCCAGCUACUUGAACUGCUCUUCACAAUCAGUGCCAGAUCCGGAAACCAUUAGAGAUCUUCUGGAGACGGUUGCUCAUAACAACCAAUGUAAUGUGUUGUUCGAACCAUCUAAUCACAUGACCUUGACAAAGUGCAACACCUCCAGAACGAUUUCUGAAUGUAACGUCACUGGACAAUGGAAUGUAUUUGAUGAUGUCUUAGAUCGAGCGUGUACCAGCUACCGGUCAGUGUACAGGUCAAUCUACCAAAACAUACACUGUUAUAUCUGUAACGUCAACAGCGAACCAUACAAGACUUGCGAGAGAACAGAUGCCUUAAGUACAAACAGUGUCCCGAAUCUCUCUAUAUCGACAUUCUCUGCAGCAAUAGAACCAAUUUUAAUCUCCGACUUACGGUUCCAGCACGACAGUGAGUCUAUUUGCCCCAUCGGAACUCGAUAUGAUGGAAUCAAGAAAUCCUGUCGUGAGAUUUACUGCAGCCCUCCACUCGUGUACAGAAAUGGACAGUGUUCAAGUAUCUAUCACUUCGUCAGUCUCCGUCGAUACUCGGUCACCCUCCUUAUAACGCCACACUUCAACGUUUCCUACAAAUGGAUCACUUCUCCAUGGGCUGCAGGUAAACUGGGUGGUUAUAGUACAACUUACCUGUCCGAUAUCUUGUCUCCGUUACAGGUAGUUGAGUGUUCGUCUGGUGUAGAAAACUAUGUCAAGACGAUACAUGAAGCCGCGGACGUUUUUCCUAGACAGAAUGAGUCUAGGGUGAUUUAUAUCAAAGUUCCUAUGGAAUUUGUUAUUGACGGAAUGUAUAAUGACAUUUCAGUCAUGGACAUGAUUGUUAACAGUGAUGUGAGAACAUAUAAUACCACUAUCAUAGAUCAGGAUAUAUUUUUCGAUUUUUCACUUUUGACCCGCGACAAAUUGGCAGCAAUAAUAAGCGAACCCGUGUUCAUUAACGGAGAGGAGCUGAAGGGAGGUGUUAGGCUUCCGUCCUUUAGCAGUGAGAGCAUGUUUGGAGCGUGUCAUUCUCGUAUACCGGCCGUCAAGUUAUCAUCGUUCACAUUAUGUUCUAAGGUGAACAUUUCAAAUGACGACUACAAUACUACUAUCGUUAACGACAACUCAUUCUGUCUAUUUGAUCUUGAUCUUUGCUUCAGCCAGGAAGAAUUUGAAUAUAACGACAAAUAUUCAUUGUUAUGCAGCGAAAGAUUCUUUGAAAGAAUUGACAAACUGUCUUCAAAUGUUGCAAAGAAUUCCACGUCAGACCAGGCCGUCCAGAUCCAUGUUGGAUUGGUGUUAGUAUGUCUGUCAAUAGUGUGUUUAGGUGUGACUUUGUUGUACGUUUUCUGUAUCUACAAACCUCGGACCUUGACGUCUUAUAUGUUACUAGGACUGGUCGUCUGUCUUACACUAUACAAUAUAGUGCUCCUCAGUGUUCCCUUUCCCUUUGUAUCCGCUUAUAGCUGUCGCAUGACAGGUGCCUCACUUCAGUUCACUUCCAUUUUGUCCGUGUCAUUAUUACAACUAUGUGUACUCAAUAUUGCACUCAGGAUGCGAACUGAUCGUCAUUUCCAAAAUCCGUAUAUUCUAAAAAUAACGUAUGUCUCUUAUCCCGUCAUCAUGUCAUCUACUAUUGCGUCAGUGACGUAUUGGUAUACAGUCAGCCAAUCACCUGAUGUCACGGUUCCUUGGAUCCCAUGGAGACUGCCGUGCUACUCUGCUGUGAAUUCACUCUCUCUUUAUAUCUCCAGCUUUCCUGCCCUAAUACUGUUGGCACUAACCUUCUUAGUUUGUCUUGUGCUGGCUAUUUAUAGCUAUGCUAUGUCCUUUGAGAAUGAUGAUGUUGAGUUCGUACAUAUAUUUGGUGUUUACUGUAAAAUAUCUUUCAUCAUGUUGCUCGUCCAUUCAUUUUGGUAUCUGAUUUCUUUCGCGAACUGGACAGGAAAUGUCUACCUCUUUCUUGCUAUGAAUCUGAUCUCAUCGUUGUAUAUAAUGUUGUGUUCCUUUACGGAUUCAAAACUGAAAGCCACAUAUACUAGUACAGCGGAAACGCGUAAAAAACGUGAAACUCAUGACACACGUGACUUGAAAAGGACUUCCGGUUGCCCCUGUAAUCCAGUUAGACGACAACCGAAAGAUUUCAGACCGAUAAGUGAGGCAGUUUCAGAAUCACAAAACGAACAACAGGGACGAUCUUCAUGUCAUUUAUGA